CAGUUGCCCCGGAAGCAGCAGGCGCGGCGUCAUGUGACAGCCAACAUGGCCGCCGCCCGGUAGCUGAAGCCGUCGCCGGCCGCGAUGAAUCCGGAGAAGGACUUUUCGCCGUUGACGCCCAGCAUAGUGCGCGCCCUGAACGACAAGCUGUACGAGAAGCGGAAGGUGGCGGCGCUGGAGAUCGAGAAGCUGGUGCGCGAGUUCGUGGCGCAGAACAGCGCGGCGCAGAUCAAGCACGUCAUCCAGACGCUCUCGGUGGAGUUUGCCCUCUCUCAGCACCCCCACAGCCGCAAAGGGGGGCUCAUCGGCCUGGCCGCCUGCUCCAUCGCCCUGGGCAAGGAUUCUGGUCUGUACCUGAAGGAGCUCAUCGAACCGGUGCUGACGUGCUUUGGAGAUGCUGACAGCCGGUUGCGCUAUUAUGCCUGCGAGGCCCUGUACAAUAUUGUGAAGGUGGCCCGGGGUGCCAUUGUCCCACACUUCAACGUGCUCUUUGAUGGCCUGAGCAAGCUUGCUGCAGAUCCCGACCCAAAUGUCAAAAGUGGCUCUGAGCUGCUGGAUCGCCUUCUGAAGGACAUCGUGACAGAGAGCAGCCGCUUUGACCUGGUGAGCUUCAUCCCGCUGCUGCGAGAGCGGAUUUACUCCAACAACCAGUAUGCCCGGCAGUUCAUCAUCUCAUGGAUCUUGGUGCUGGAAUCUGUUCCUGACAUUAAUCUUCUAGAUUACCUGCCGGAGAUUCUAGAUGGACUUUUCCAGAUCCUAGGCGAUAACAGCAAAGAGAUCCGUAAAAUGUGUGAAGUGGCGCUGGGAGAAUUUCUCAAAGAGAUCAAGAAGACCCCUGCCAACGUCAAAUUCGCUGAGAUGGCCAACAUCCUGGUCAUUCACUGCCAGGCCUCCGAUGAUCUCAUCCAGCUGACUGCCAUGUGUUGGAUGCGGGAAUUCAUCCAGCUGGCCGGCCGGGUGAUGCUUCCCUAUUCUUCUGGGAUCUUGACAGCCGUCCUGCCCUGCCUGUCCUACGAUGACCGCAAGAAGAAUAUUAAGGAGGUGGCCGCUGUAUGCAAUCAAACCUUGAUGAAGUUAGUGACCCCAGAAGAUGAUGAAGCAGACGAGGGCAGGGAGCCCCUGCCGGCCCACCAAAGAGAGGUUGGCCAAGAAGAGGCUGGCCCCAAGGCAGAGCAGUCCCCGAGUGGCUGCCUAGAUGUCUCCAGUGAGUCGGAUUUCAGUAGCACCAACAUCUUCCUGCCUGCCAGCAUGGAGAGAAGUUGUGUAACCCUGAACCUUGAUGGGAUUGUGCAGGUCCUGGAUUGCCACCUUCAUGAUUCAACUACUGGGAUGAUGACGCGGAUUGCAGUCUUGAAGUGGCUGUACCACCUGUACAUCAAGACACCCUGCAAGAUGUUCCAGCACACGGACUGCUUAUUCCCAAUCUUACUGAAGACCUUAUCUGAUGACUCUGAUGAGGUUAUUCUCAAGGACCUUGAAGUCUUGGCAGAGAUUGCCUCCUCCCCUGCUGGCCAAAUGGAAGGCCGAGGGCUGCAGGAGGGCCCCGGGCUCCGGUUGGAGCAACUGGACCUGCCUGUGCCCACUUCGGCCAAAAGUAGCCAGGCUGUCUCCUCCUCCUCCUCCUCCGGAGCCAAGAGCAUGGGGUGCUCUCCCUCUACCCCCACCAUGAAUUCCUACUUCUACCAGUUCAUGAUCAACUUGCUCAAGAGGUUCAGCAGUGAGCGGAAGCUGCUGGAGACCCGUGGAGCUUUCAUCAUCAGGCAGCUCUGCUUGCUCUUGAACGCAGAGAACAUCUUCCACUCCAUGGCAGACAUCCUCCUGCGGGAAGAGGACCUCCGCUUUGCUUCCACCAUGGUCCACACCCUCAACACCAUCCUCCUGACGUCUUCCGAGCUCUUCCAGCUGAGGAACCAACUUAAGGAUCUGAAGACCCCGGAAAGCCGCAACCUCUUCUGCUGUCUCUACCGCUCCUGGUGUCACAAUCCAGUCACCACCGUCUCCCUGUGCUUCCUCACUCAGAAUUACAAGCACGCCUACGACCUCAUCCAGAAGUUUGGAGACCUGGAGGUUACGGUUGAUUUCCUGAUUGAGGUUGACAAGCUGGUCCAGUUGAUCGAGUGCCCGAUCUUUACCUGGACACUGCCAAGACCGCUCAGGCCGCCAGGAAGACCCCCGCCAUCGACUACGCGGAGCUGCUGCAGCACUUCGAGAGGGUCCAGGGCAAGCACCUCCAGGGCCGGCACCAGCGGGCCGUGCGGGCGGGGGAGCCGCCGGAGCGCCGGGGGGCGGCCGCCUUCUGAUGGUCUUCGCGAGGACGGGUCCACUUCGCUCCCCACGGACUUUCCGGGUCGGGGCCGCGCAGCCCGCCCGGCCUUUCUUCGCACAACCGCACCGGAGUGCCGAGGCCGGACGCUGCGGCCUGGCCGUGCGCGCUGGUCCGCGUGUGUGUCCCCCGCCCCCCGCCAGGCCCCAAAGGCCUUCCUGCGGCCGUUCCGGCAUCGCCCGCGAGUCCCGUUGCUCAAAUGAAGAGAUUUGAAAUAAAGAGGACUGGAAACGUC